AUGGCUUCUACAAAGCCAUAUAUUGGCUGUAAAAUAGGGUUGCUUUCAAAGGCUCAAAAUCGUUAUGAAGGGAUUUUAUACACAAUAGAUAAAAAUAACUCCACUAUUGUGCUGGCAAAAGUAAAGUGUUUUGGAACUGAGGGACGUCCUACUGACAGACCAACACCACCCAAAGAUGAUGUCUAUGAGUACAUCACUUUCCGAGGAAGUGACAUCAAGGAUAUUACUUUGUGCGAAUCCCCAAUGUGUCACCAUGGCCUACCACCAGACCCAGCAAUCAUUCAAUCAUCCAGUUCAAGCUCUGGCAUCUACACAAAUUUUGGCCCUUUUAGCCCAGUAAGGAUGCCCAUCUGUAAUCCACUUUCUGCAAGCUCCUUUCUUAGCCAACAGUAUGCUGCUGCUCUUGGCGUGGAUCUGCAUUUUAGACGGGGUCCCAUGGUAGAGAAGGCUGUUCAAACAAUCAAAGUGGAAGGGCAGAGAAGGGGUUUGAUUGCCUCACAGGACAGGCAGUGGAAUAGAAGGCCCCCGAGGACCAGGAGAGAAAAUUCCCAGCCUCAAAGAGAGCCUGGGCCUACCAGCAGUUCUGGUUCUGGUGUGAGCUCUAAUCGUCAGGGUUCACAGCGGCAAAACGUUGACCGUCCACCACCCAGAAGAAAACAAGCUCCUCAAAGACGUCGGAGCAGUGGUAGAGCGCAGCUGAUGGUGGCUAAUGUUCCAUCUCCUAUACUGAAGUUUGAUACAGACUUUGACUUUGAUUCCGCCAAUGCACAGUUCAUUAAAGAAGUUGAGAGGGAGGUGCAAGAAAGAAGAAAUCUAAAGGAUAUUGAGAAUGCAAAAGAGAGGAUGUGCUCAGCAGAGUAUGAGGACUUCGGACCAAAGUGCUACUAUGACAAAGCAAAGUCUUUUUUUGACAAUGUGUCUUCGGAUACUGGGCUUAGUUUCAGAUUAUCAUGGGCAGAAGAACGAAAGCGCAAUUUGGAGACUUUUGGGGUCACUGGUCGAUUCUUGAGAGGCCAAGGCUUUAGAGGUAGAUUUACAAGGAGCAGAGGACGAGGAGCUGCUCAAAUUCUCCCUUCAGAAAGGAUCCACCAAAGAAGACUGUGA